AUGCACCUUCCACGCUCUGUUUUUUCAGAACGACAGAUUGAUAUUUUACUCUGGCUACUUCGGGUCAACAAUGUAGUCGAUGUACCUUCGGUGAAGUCUGUCAAACUUAUCAAAGACGCUAUUCAACGAUUAUGCGGUAUCCGUUCAAUCCCUUAUGAAGGUGCUCUUGGGCAUAGGUACUAUGUUAACUCGCUGCCUGACAUUAUUUGGCAGGAAAUGAUGAAUCCUCGCGUUCGGCCACUGUUACACUUCUACCCUGAAGAUACUGGUGUGGAACUGAACGAAGCUCGACAAGCUACAUGUUGGCUUGAGGAACUUGACCCGGAGCUGCUUACGCCUGUCGUCAGACUGCACAACCAAGAUUUCUUUGUUUUCGAGCCUGCAUUACUAUCGAGUGGCCAAGCUUGCAUUCCAUUUCGGUGGUUCACACAUGGCGGGAAGAUGUACACUAAAGCUUGGUCAUUGCGGCCUGUCACUCGUGAACUGGAUUGCGGUUGGGUUGUAGAAGAUUUUCGUUCAUUUGAGGUAUCAGAAGAUGAUCUUCUUGUAUCAUUCCGAAACUGGGAUUCGAGCGAAGCAACAUCUGGUCUACCUCGUGCAAACUCAAUAUAUGGUAGAACAUUAACCAAUCCCUCAGAAGGCAAUCAAUGGCAUGUUCGGGCAUCAGGUGCUCGUGUAUAUGCAAUGCCUCUCUGGUUAUACUGCGACGACACAUCUGGAAACUUAUCGAAGAAGUGGAACAAACAUAAUUCAUUUCUUUUUAUAGCUGCAGGAUUGCCACAAGCAGAAGUCCACCGAGAGUACAGCAUCCAUUUUCUUUGUACAUUGAAUCUUGCCCCUCCACUUGAAAUGUUGGAUGGUAUUGUAGACCAACUUGAGGAAUCAUGGAAGCAAGGCAUCUGGGCCUGGGACUGUGUCCACGAGGAGUAUGUUCUUGUCAUCCCGUCCAUCUUGGCCUUGCUCGGGGACAAUCCCCAUGCAAAUGUGGAGAGCAAUCCUGCACGAGCAGCUGCUGCACGGCCUGAAGAUACUGACCAUAGUGUUGGUGAGGAGACCAUGGAGGAGAUGGUGACACGGGUUAAGCGGUUUGUAAAGAUAGGAGAACCACGUCACAAGAAUGAAACUAUCGCUGAACUCAAGUCAAUGUUCACUCAUGCGUCAACAGUCGGGAAUCAGACCCAGAUCAAACAAAGGAAGACUUCUAUGGGCAUCAAGGACACCUUUCUGGACUCAUUCUUGAAUCGCCUAGCUGAAUCAUACUGCAAAAUCCAGGGUGGUAACAAGGCAAAACAGGAAGCGCUUGAUAGAGUUAAAGAGACACUGCCUGAAAAUGUCAUAAGUCCUGUGUGGCGAAUCAAAGGUAUUGAUCCUCACACCGACACACUUGUGGAAAUCCUCCAUACAGUCCUUCUUGGAUUUGUCAAAUACCUUUGGCGCGACGUUGUCUCUGUGAGAAUCGGAAAAGACAAAUUGAAGUGUGAACUUUUAGAAACUCACCUAUCAUCUGUUGAUGUCUCAGGUCUUGGACUCAGCCAUCUCGCUGGUCACACCCUUGUUCAAUAUGCAGGGUCUCUUGUUGGUCGUGAUUUUCGUGCUAUUGCACAAGUUGCACCAUUUAUCCUUCACGACUUGGUACCCACAGAAUGCUAUGAUACUUGGGUUGCGUUAUCAAACCUAAUACCACUCAUCUGGCAGCCUGAAAUUGAAGACUCCAUGGAACAUUUACGCAAUCUUACAACAUCGAUCAAUAACUUUCUUGCGUGCACCGCCAGGUGGACUCCCCGAUGGUUCAAUAAGCCUAAAUUUCAUAUUCUACUACACGUCGUUGACCACAUUCGACGAUUUGGGCCAGCUGCUUUGUUUGCGACAGAGGCAUUUGAGUCCUUCAAUGCUGUCAUCCGUGCGAAAAGUAUCCAUUCAAACCACCGUGCUCCUUCUCGGGAUAUUGCACGUUCUUUUGCCCAUGGAAGUCGGAUUCGUCAUAUUCUCUCGGGGGCAUGA